AUGCCUCCCGGGUUUGUCAUUGCGGGCUCUGGCUUUGAAUUCAGAGUCGCCGGUUCCCCAGUCCCUGGUGUUUGCCCCCCUAAUCAGCCGCAUUGUCUCGGGGACGACCCGACUCUGACCUCCGGGCCGCUGAAUUCAAGGCCGCGGCAACGGAUGGCGGGGGCUGUGUUUGCGGCAGAACCCCGAUCUGAAUUCAUUAACCCUCCCACAAACACUUUCUCAAGGUUUGUUUGCGGGGCCCGGGCACGGCAUCUGAGGGAGCGUCAGACAAGUGGUCUCCGAGCCGUCAAUGGAAAUCCUGGCGGUUAUAUAAUUGGAGGAUCGCUGAGGACGGGGGUGGGGGGUGGGGGCGUGGGGGGGACGUUUCUGGAAACUCAAGAGCAGGUGAAACUCGGACAGCAGCAGGAGCCACUGAUCCAAGACGUUCCAACGCGGUGGAAUUCCACACUUGAAAUGGUCAAACGCAUCAUCCCCAAUCAAGCAGCAAUAAAAGCAACCCUGGAUCAACAGCAGCAUAAUCUCGUCAUGCUGACGCCAGCAGAAUGGGAUAAACUCCAGAGACUGGAGACCCUUCUAGAGCCCUGCCGGUAUGUGACUCAGAUCCUGGGUGGGGAGGCCUACGUCUCCUGCUCAGUGGUACUACCUGCCCUCUGCCACUUACACCGUGUAAUGGAAACUUCUGAUGAGGACCCUGCAUACAUGAUUAGAUUUAAGACCAAAUUCAAAGACGACCUAGGCUCCCGCCAAGAACACACCAACAAUGCAUGGCUCAAGAUUGCAACCGCACUGGACCCACGUUUUAAGGACUUGAAAAGUGUGCCCAAGGCAGACAGAGAGGAGGUGUGGACCAAACUUGGAGGCCUUCUGCGUGAAUCACCUGGAAGACCUUCACACACUACUGAAGAUGGGCCACCCAAGAAGAAAAUGAACCUUCUUCUACAGCUGGGCUCAGAUUCAGAAUCAGAUGAAGAGGUACAGCCUGACAGAGCCUUACACAGGUACAGAGCAGAGCCCACCAUUGAAAUGACGGACUGUCCCUUGCAGUGGUGGUCAUCUCAUGCAGGAGCCCAUGACAAGCUGGCUCCGUUGGCUCGGAAAUAUCUAGCCACUCCUGCAUCCUCAGUUCCCUGUGAAAGACUCUUCUCACUUGCCGGUCACAUUGUGCAAAAGAAGCGGUCAGCUUUACUCUCAGAAAAUGUGGACAAAUUGGUUUGCCUCAGUAACUGGCUAAAGGAUGAAUAGAGAAGCGGGCCACAUGUAAUUGUGUAGGCCAUGUUCUUUUGGUUUGAUAAAAAAGAGAAAUCUCUUUGUUUUUCCUUUGUUGAAGAGAAAUGGCCAAGAUGGCUAGUGUGUUACAGAAGGAGACACCAUCCUAUUUUGUUUUACUAUUUCAGUUUCAUUUAAAUA